AUGGAAGUGUACUCUGAUGUAUGCAUUACGAAAUGUGGUAACUUGGACGGAGCUGGAUGCAUGAUUAGUGUGGAACCGUCUAUACACGACGACCCAGGCAUUCAGAUCCUGCUGGGGCCUCGCCAAGAUGAAUUUCGGAUGUGGGCUCUGGUCCUCGGUCGCAAGAUUCUGGCCAGGCUGGCGGGACGCAAAAUGAUUUUAAUGCUCUCUAUCAACGAAGAAACGGCAAAGGAUAUGAAGCUUCUCAAACUACUAGAAGCAGAGGUUGAGGAAAAAAUGACGGAGACGAAAGCGACCAUGCAACCUGGCAGCGAAAAUGUUACGGCCGGCCGAGUAUUCAUGGAUGCUUUGGUUCGGACUCUUGACGGACUCGGGAACCCGUUGCACAUUACGCCUGAGGACCAGGGCCGGACGGCGCUCACGGCGAUUCAAGAGCUUCCCGACGCUGGUUUUAGUGGCGCUCUGCAGUCCUUGGAGAGCGCCGUGGGUAACCUGAAUGCGCAGGUAGCAAGAGCGGAGAACAGCGUGGCGGAUUUGAGUGCAACCUUGGGCGCUCUGGGGAUUGACUGGUCACCUAGCUCGGUUUCAAGGGGAGAGGUGCGGCGGCGCAGCUUCAGCGGUCCGCAGACGUUGUCGAUGGUGCAGCGGCUAGACGUGAAGGCGCAGAGAGAGUGCGCCCGUCGGAUUGAGGAGGCAAAGGCGCUUUUGACGGAGAGCGUGAAGGAAGCCCAGGCCUGGGACGCGCGCGGCGACCGCGCAGGACGCAAGGCCACCGCGCUCUUGCGAGUCAACGACGCACACGACCAAGCGGCACUGGCCAAGAAUCUCAACACGCAUCUACGGCUCACACUGCGGCUGCGCAAGCUCGAAAAAGCCUUGGACGACGUGGACCAACUGUCGGACACCAUUCAGUCAGUUAAAAACGAUAUAGACGCCGCCUGGACCGGAAACCGCCUUGCCGAGAUCAAACAGGCGGCCCGGGCUGCCAUCCGCAAACACCACCCCCAACACGACGCGUCUGCUCAACCGCCCGAACCUGCUGCGCUGCCUCAGUCUCCGGCGCAGGUGUGGUCUCCGGCAGCGGAAUCCUGUGACUCGGACGCUCACCCCCUCUCUAUAGGCGCCCAGUCUUCGGACAAUGCGCAGUCUCCGGACAAUGCGCAAUCUCCGCCUAGCGCGCAACCCCCGUCCAAGCAACAAGACCCCAUCCACUCCUCUACCACGAGGGUCGACGUCAACGUGAGGGACGCCGGACUUGGCUCCGAAGCAACAGCUGCCGGUGGCUCAGGGGUAGUCAGUGGUCCCGAAGCGGCUGGUUCGGUGGUUGACUCGACGGCUGGCGCCGCUGCGUCACCCGCGGCGGAGUAA